AUGGUUCGGCGAUCUGAAGAUGAUAGCCAAGCGCACUUCCAUGGACCGUUACCGACCAAAAGAUCCCGAACUUCAUUAACUGUAGGCCGACUGGUUCAGUGAUCAAAGGAGCCAAGGUAAGCAAAUGCCUUCUUAUCUAAUACAUGAAAGUUCACACGGCAACCAGGUGGACAAUCAGACAUAGUUUGGUGCUACUCUAGUUUGCAGAUUUAAUGAAUGUAACCGAAGAAGAUACAAUUCAUAGACCCAACCUUUCGACACUCCUGUCUAGUGCCUUCAUCAGGGGUGAUCUAGACGCUGUAACUAGAGGUCCUUUUAUAUGA